AUGAACCAGGAGGAGACCCAGGACACAGAGGGAGGAGACCAGGAGGAGACCCAGGACACAGAGGGAGGAGACCAGGAGGAGACCCAGGACACAGAGGAGCUGAGACCAGGAGGAGACCCAGGACACAGAGGGAGGAGACCAGGAGGAGACCCAGGACACAGAGGAGCUGAGACCAGGAGGGAGACCCAGGACACAGAGGGAGGAGACCAGGAGGAGACCCAGGACACAGAGGGAGGAGACCAGGAGGAGACCCAGGACACAAAGGGAGGAGACCAGGAGGAGACCCAGGACACAGAGGGAGGAGACCAGGAGGAGACCCAGGACACAGAGGGAGGAGACCAGGAGGAGACCCAGGACACAGAGGGAGGAGACCAGGAGGAGACCCAGGACACAGAGGAGCUGAGACCAGGAGGAGACCCAGGACACAGAGGGAGGAGACCAGGAGGAGACCCAGGACACAGAGGAGCUGAGACCAGGAGGAGACCCAGGACACAGAGAGGGAGGAGACCAGGAGGAGACCCAGGAUACAAAGGGAGGAGACCAGGAGGAGACCCAGGACACAGAGGGAGGAGACCAGGAGGAGACCCAGGAUACAGAGGGAGGAGACCAGGAGGAGACCCAGGACACAGAGGGAGGAGACCAGGAGGAGACCCAGGACACAGAGGGAGGAGACCAGGAGGAGACCCAGGACACAGAGGGAGGAGACCAGGAGGAGACCCAGGACACAGAGGGAGGAGACCAGGAGGAGACCCAGGACACAGAGGGAGGAGACCAGGAGGAGACCCAGGACACAAAGGGAGGAGACCAGGAGGAGACCCAGGACACAGAGGGAGGAGACCAGGAGGAGACCCAGGACACAGAGGGAGGAGACCAGGAGGAGACCCAGGACACAGAGGGAGGAGACCAGGAGGAGACAGAGGGAGGAUACAGAGGGAGGAGACCAGGAGGAGACCCAGGACACAGAGGGAGGAGACCAGGAGGAGACCCGGGACACAGAGGGAGGAGACCAGGAGGAGACCCAGGACACAGAGGGAGGAGACCAGGAGGAGACCCAGGACACAGAGGGAGGAGACCAGGAGGAGACCCAGGACACAGAGGGAGGAGACCAGGAGGAGACCCAGGACACAGAGGGAGGAGACCAGGAGGAGACCCAGGAUACAGAGGGAGGAGACCGGGAGGAGACCCAGGACACAGAGGGAGGAGACCAGGAGGAGACCCAGGACACAGAGGGAGGAGACCAGGAGGAGACCCAGGACACAGAGGGAGGAGACCGGAAGGAGACCCAGGACACAGAGGGAGGAGACCAGGAGGAGACCCAGGACACAGAGGGAGGAGACCAGGAGGAGACCCAGGACACAGAGGGAGGAGACCAGGAGGAGACCCAGGACACAGAGGGAGGAGACCGGGAGGAGACCCAGGACACAGAGGGAGGAGACCAGGAGGAGACCCAGGACACAGAGGGAGGAGACCGGGAGGAGACCCAGGACACAGAGGGAGGAGACCAGGAGGAGACCCAGGACACAGAGGGAGGAGACCAGGAGGAGACCCAGGACACAGAGGGAGGAGACCAGGAGGAGACCCAGGACACAGAGGGAGGAGACCAGGAGGAGACCCAGGACACAAAGGGAGGAGACCAGGAGGAGACCCAGGACACAGAGGGAGGAGACCAGGAGGAGACCCAGGACACAGAGGGAGGAGACCAGGAGGAGACCCAGGACACAGAGGGAGGAGACCAGGAGGAGACAGAGGGAGGAUACAGAGGGAGGAGACCAGGAGGAGACCCAGGACACAGAGGGAGGAGACCAGGAGGAGACCCGGGACACAGAGGGAGGAGACCAGGAGGAGACCCAGGACACAGAGGGAGGAGACCAGGAGGAGACCCAGGACACAGAGGGAGGAGACCAGGAGGAGACCCAGGACACAGAGGGAGGAGACCAGGAGGAGACCCAGGACACAGAGGGAGGAGACCAGGAGGAGACCCAGGAUACAGAGGGAGGAGACCGGGAGGAGACCCAGGACACAGAGGGAGGAGACCAGGAGGAGACCCAGGACACAGAGGGAGGAGACCAGGAGGAGACCCAGGACACAGAGGGAGGAGACCGGAAGGAGACCCAGGACACAGAGGGAGGAGACCAGGAGGAGACCCAGGACACAGAGGGAGGAGACCAGGAGGAGACCCAGGACACAGAGGGAGGAGACCAGGAGGAGACCCAGGACACAGAGGGAGGAGACCGGGAGGAGACCCAGGACACAGAGGGAGGAGACCAGGAGGAGACCCAGGACACAGAGGGAGGAGACCGGGAGGAGACCCAGGACACAGAGGGAGGAGACCAGGAGGAGACCCAGGACACAGAGGGAGGAGACCAGGAGGAGACAGAGGGAGGAGACCAGGAGGAGACCCAGGACACAGAGGGAGGAGACCAGGAGGAGACCCAGGACACAGAGGGAGGAGACCAGGAGGAGACCCAGGACACAGAGGGAGGAGACCAGGAGGAGACCCAGGACACAGAGGGAGGAGACUUUUACAUUAGCCUGACUUUUACAUUAGCCUGA